AUGUCUGUCAGCACCUACUCCCUCCCGGCGCUUCCAUACGCCUAUGAUGCUUUGGAGCCCAGCAUCUCUGCCCAGAUCAUGGAGCUACACCACUCCAAGCACCACCAAGCCUACGUCACCAACCUCAACAACGCCAUCAAGACCUACGCCUCUGCCGUCGCAUCCAAUGACAUCGCCGGCCAGAUUGCCCUCCAGGCUGCCAUCAAGUUCAACGGCGGCGGCCACAUCAACCACUCCCUCUUCUGGGAGAACCUAGCCCCUUCCUCCUCUCCCGAUGCCGACCCCAGCAGCGCUCCGAUCCUCGUCGCUGAGAUCAACAAAGUCUGGGGAAGUCUGGAUGGCUUCAAGGCCGCCUUUACCAAGACCCUUCUGGGCCUGCAGGGCAGCGGAUGGGGCUGGCUCGUCAAGGACGCACAGGGAUUACGCAUCGUGUCCACCAAGGACCAGGAUCCCAUCGUGGGUGGCGAGGUGCCCAUUUUCGGCGUUGACAUGUGGGAACACGCCUACUACCUCCAGUACCUUAACGGAAAGGCUGCUUACGUAGAGAACAUCUGGAAAGUUAUCAACUGGAAGACAGCAGAGACUCGCUUCCAGGGAGGGGCAGCUGAUGCCUUCAAGGUCCUCAAGGCAUCCAUUUAA